UCAUGAAAUAGCUCUAUCACAGAAUGAUCAAAAGGCCAAGUACAAAUGUACUACGAGUACUAUAUAUAUAGCUCAUGUAACAUUAUUCUUUCCAAUCAUUCAAACAACAAGUUACGAAUAAAGGGUAACUCCGGAUCGAUUGCUUCGCAUAUUGAACGUCGAUUGAUUCGAUCGAUAUGGUUUGUUUUUGCUUUUUGGUGGAUCAGAAGAGGAUGAUGAAGCAGAGUAAGCCCGUGGCCGGCUCGUGUUCGCGCUGCGGCCACAGCGCUCAAGUUGCGGAUAUGCGGACCGCUACCAGAUUUUGUUACGUUCCCUUUUACUGGAAAUCUUGGAAGGCUAUUGUUUGUUGUUUUUGUGGUGCUAUUCUGAAGUCUUACAGAUAAUAUAUAAUAAUAAUAAUAAUAAUCAUUGAGUACGUACUCUAAUAAUUCUGCUUGAUAUAUAUAUAAACUUAUAUGUUGAUAUUAAUGUAGAGAUUCAGGACGUACUAUAUGUAUAUGCUCUGUACUGCAUACCUAAUAGUUAUGAAGCCAUCAAGGCAAAAUUUCUAACUUCGUACAUAUUACAUACAGCCUUUGUAUCUGUGAUCUUGAUAAUUUUGAAAUAAAGGGUUUGUUCUUUUCGA